AUGUUUAGGGAAGUAGACGAUUACAAAAUACGUUGUUUGAAAAUACCUAGCUGUAAAGGAAACAUUAAGUUUACAUUACCACACAGUACAGUUCCGUCAACGGGAGAAAUUUGUCUUAUUACUCCAGAUUUAAAAAAAGGGAAAAAGAUUGAUCAUGAACCAACAAUUGAUCAUUGGCAAGAGUUACUUAAAGAAGCUGGAGUUAAGGAAAUUAAAACAGUUUUGCCAUUAAGGCAACUAAAAGUUGAAUAUGACCAAUUUGAAUUAAAACGAAGACUUCUAACACAACAUGAUUUUAUAAUGGUUGAUACAAGAAUAUUGAACCAUGCUUCCCAUUUACUUGGGAAGAUGUUUUUCAAAAAGCACAAUAUGUUGAUUCCAAUAAAGUUGAAUGAAAAAAGAAAUAUCAAACAAAGCAUUGAUAUUGGGCUGAGGACUGCAAUGUUACGUUUUAAUGAAGGUCACAUUUCAACAAUUCUUGUGGGUCAUUCCAACAUGCCACUAAAGGAUUUACAAGAAAAUAUUGUGUCACUGAUAAACCAAUUCAAGACUAGAUAUCCUGGUGGUGAAGCCAAUAUCCGAGCAAUAAAUUUGAAAUUACCUCUGUCUCUAUCUUUGCCUUUAUAUCUCACUCUAAGAUCAUCAAAUACUGUAGGACAUCAAAAAUUAACACACCAAAAGCCUAAAAACUUUACUGUAUUGGAGGGAGAAUUAUCAACUAUUCCAGAUAGUACAGUCACAGUAGCUCCUGAUGGAACCGUACAUCUAAAAAGACACAAAAAUAAGUCAGAAAAAGGGAAUACUGUGGAAGAAGAAGAAGUAAUUGAAAGUGACAAAGAGAGUGGCUCCACAAGUGGGGGAGAU